AUGUCUUCGGACUGGUGGUCGCAAGGAACCUCCCCGAACCUCACUGUUUCCGCCGUUAUCGUCCUACUAUCUACGCUGCUCGUGGCCGGAAUGCUCUUCUCGUCCAAAAACCACUUCCCCGUCGAGGGGCUCACGGCCGUGGUGACCGGCGGCUCCCAAGGUCUCGGACUGGCCCUCGCGCAAGAACUUUCCGCCCGGGGCGCCAACGUGGUCAUCGUCGCGCAGAACGUCCCGAAACUCGAGACCGCCGUUACGACCCUGGCGAGCCGUGCCAAAAACGCCCAGUCCCAGCGCUUCCUCUCUCUCUCCUUUGACCUCCGCGCCCCGGAGUCGGCACCCAAGAUCUUGGAGGAAAUCAAGACAUGGAAUAACGGGGAGGCGCCGGAGUUGAUCUUCUGCUGCGCGGGGCACUGUUAUCCGUCGUUCUUCGCGGAUGCGCCUGUGGAUAAACUGAAGGACCAGAUGGACACGGUCUACUGGAGCAGCGCGUGGAUGGCCCAUGCCGCCAUCAACAUGUGGAAGACACCCUCUCCAAAAGCCUCAGGUGAUGAGAACAAGUCGGCAUCUCGACCAAAACCGACCAGGCACCUGAUAUUCACAUGCUCUGUUCUGGCCUUGUUCCCUGUGGCAGGCUACAGCCCAUAUUCGCCCUGCAAAGCGGCCAUGCGGGCCUUGGCCGAUUCGUUGAACCAAGAGGUCGAGGUGUACAACGGAUCUCGCCAGAAUCCGUCCUCAGGCCCUGUGCCGGACGCUGACAUGAAAGUCCACAUCGUGUUUCCCAUGGGCAUCAUCUCACCAGGAUUGGACAACGAGAACAAGAUCAAACCGACCUUGACAAUGCAACUCGAAAAGGACGACAAGCCGCAGCAGCCGGAGGCGAUUGCCAAGAUCGUGCUUCGACGUCUGGGGGCGGGCGACUUUAUGAUCAGCACAAUGUUCCUGGGCCACUUGAUGAGAGGAUGUGGAAUGAGCGGAAGCGUUCGCUCGAACAUUUCAUCUCAAAGUGCAAAAAUUGGGGCAAGCAGAAGGGCAUGA